AACAAAUAUUAUCAAAGUACAGUUAUUAUCACAUACAUGAAUACAUGAUAAGAUGAUAUGCAUGACUGUUUUCUCCAUUUUCAAGUUUGUUUCAGGACCCGUACUAAGUGCCUAUUCAUUUUCAAGUUGUGCGCGUUUAUGCUAGCGAUAUGUCGGAAGUCUCUCAAAGAAACUUAACGGAGAAGCCGGAAGAGACAGAUCAAAUUAAACAAAAAUUAGAAGAAAGGUGGAAUGUAACCGGCCGACAAAUACUUUUGCAUAAUUUAAACAAUCUAAGAGUACCGUUUAUCGUAGGCAGCUUAAUUACAACACAUAAAGUGAAAACGACACUAAUUAAUACAACGAAAGUGCUUGAAGGUACUGUCAUUUUAGAUGUAAGCUGCGGUGGAGGAAUUUUAACAGAGUCGCUUGCGAAACUGGGAGGCAGGGUUCAUGGCAUAGAUCCUUCAAGUGAUGUAAUAAGUGCAGCUAAACGACACGCUCAACUAGAUAAGUCUUUAUCAAAUUUAGAGUACUUCACAAGUACAGUGGAAGAUUACGCCGAGAAAAAUGUCGAAAUCUACGACGCCGUCAUCGCAUCGGACGUUUUAGAGUGCGUCGUCGAGAAGGAGGCCUUCCUGGAAGCUUGCCUGCGAUGCCUAAAGCCGGAAGGAUCGUUAAUAAUAACCACAUUCAAUAAAACGUGGAUGUCGUGGAUACAAAAUGUGAUAAUCGGUCAAGGCAUUCUAAACAUUAUUCCACGCGGCACACGUAAGUGGGACCAAUUAAUUAGGCCCGAAGACACUCAGGAAAUUUUAAAUAAACAUAAUUGUAGGACCGUCGAAAUUCGAGGCAUUAACCUUAAUUGGAUGAAGAAAAAAUGGUCCUGGACUUUGAACAACAAUCAUAUUUAUGCUUUACAUGCAAUUAAAAAUCGAUAAAUUAAAGUGUAAUCUCUGAAACUUGUUUCCAAUUUCUAUUAUUUUAUACCAUAUAAUUUUUGUAUGUAUCUACGCCUACUUAUAACUGUUAUAUAAAUAAACAAUGUACCUAAACCUGUA